AUGCUCCAGAUCACCGCCGAUUACCAAGCAGCAGGUGCCAACAGACACCCAUCUGCUGCUGAUUGGGACAAGUCUGGCAUUUUGGCUUUUGGUGCUGAUAGAAACAUUGCAUUAUGGCAGCCACAAGGCUCCGACUCGCGAGGCAUCUUUGAGAUUCUUAAGGGCCAUGAAGAUGUCGUGAAUGCCGUCAAGUUCCUCCCCGGAUCCCAGGGCAUCUUGCUCAGCGGAUCCGUAGACAAGAAUUUGAGUAUUUGGAGACAAAAUGCAUCGACUAGGCAUUAUCACUGCAUACAGACUCUUCAUCACCAAGAGAACAGAAAUCACCAGAGUUCCAUCAACUGCAUAGCUGUAGCUGCAGGCUCUAAGAUCUUCGCAUCGGGUUCCGCGGAUGCCAUCGUCAAGAUAUGGUCUCUGGACGAGCAGAAUGUGGCGUCGCUGCAGCAAACAAUCACUAUUGCUCCAAGGUUCUUCCCUCUAGCUUUGGCGCUGAGCCCUUUGGCGGGUGCUCCUGAUUCUUAUGUGCUGGCAGUGGCUGGGACGAAAGACAUCAUUCAAUUGUACGUAUUGGAUGGGCAGAAGGGAUCGGAUUUCAAAAUUCAAGCUACUCUCGCAGGCCAUGAGGGCUGGAUUAGAUCUCUAGAAUUUAUUCGAGAAAAUGAUAAGCCGGAUAGUGACCUACUUUUGUCAUCUGCUAGUCAGGACAAGUACAUUCGAUUAUGGCGAAUCCAUCAAGGAAAAGAGCUACCGGCGGCGGCAGCAACUCCGGAUCCAUCUCUAGGUGCUUUCAUGCCUGGAAAGUCUCUUUCUAACAAAGCUCAUCGCUUCAAAGCUCAAGAUCUCGAUUUCUCGGCGACCUUUGAAGCACUGUUGCUUGGCCAUGACGAUUGGAUCUACAGCACGAAAUGGAGGUAUGGCGACAACAAAUUACAGUUGCUCUCUGCAUCAGCAGACAACUCCCUAGCAAUAUGGGAGUCAGAUGCUGCGACCGGCGUCUGGGUAACGACUACGAGACUAGGCGAAAUCAGUGCAGAGAAAGGCUCUACGUCAGCUACAGGAAGCACGGGAGGAUUCUGGACAGGUCUCUGGUCACCAUCAGGAGAGACAGUUACCUGUCUUGGACGGACAGGUAGCUGGAGGCUAUGGAAUUUUGAAAGUCAACAGGAUAGAUGGAUCCAAGGAGUUGGAAUCAGCGGACAUACGCAGUCGAUUACGGGCAUCGCGUGGUCAAAGGAUGGGGAUUACCUACUCUCGACUAGCUCUGAUCAAACGACGAGACUGCACGCAAAAUGGAAGCGGGGGAAUCAAGAAUCCUGGCACGAGAUGGCGAGACCUCAAAUCCAUGGCUACGAUCUCAACUGUAUAGACUCGCUAGGAACAUCACAAUUUGUAUCUGGAGCGGACGAGAAGUUACUCCGGGUAUUCAGUGAGCCCAAGGCGGUUGCAAAUCUCCUGAGCAAGCUAUGUGGAAUUGGAGGAUCAAAUAUCGAAGAGAUGCCAGAUGCUGCGAAUAUGCCAGUAUUGGGUCUUUCGAACAAAGCCAUCGAAGCUGUCGCCGACGACGUAGAGGUGGUGAAUGGAAAUAGCCAUGGAAGGGAUGCUGUGGACCCAGCAUCUAUCGUGCACAAGUCUACACUGAACCUUGACCAUCCCCCUUCAGAAGAGCAUCUUUCUCGACAUACCCUCUGGCCCGAAAUCGAGAAGCUGUACGGACACGGUUAUGAAAUAUCUUGUCUAGCUGCCAGUCAUGACGGCACACUUAUAGCCACGGCAUGUAAAGCCAGCUCCAUCGAUCACGCGGUUAUCAGGCUAUUCGAGACCAAGGGCUGGCUUGAAAUAAGGCCACCUCUUACAGCACACUCCCUGACCGUAACGAGGUUGAGAUUUUCCGCAGACGACAAAUUCCUGCUCAGUGUUGGUCGAGAUCGACAAUGGGCCGUUUUCGAGCGCGAUGCAGAUGAGAAAGCCACAUACAAGCUUGCAGAUUCAAAUCCCAAGGGCCAUACUCGGAUGAUACUGGACGCUGCAUGGGCACCUGCGACCACGAGCGUUUUUGCCACGGCUGGAAGAGAUAAGAAGGUCAAUAUAUGGGCGAAAGAUGAGAGCUCCAAAGCCUUCAUUUGUCGGUCAACGAUUUCUGAGACUCAUCCGGUCACUGCCAUAGAUUUCCUGGAUUCUAUGGUGGGUGAUGUAGCCUAUCUUGCUGUGGGGAGCGAGACUGGUUUCUUUGCUAUCCACUCCGUGGACUUCAAGAACGGAUUUUCCAUUCAGAUGCUUGCUGUGAAAUUCCCAAGGUUAGCACCCAUCUUCCUUCCCCUAUAUGAAGUCCCAUCUGAUCCUUCCUAG